GAUAUCGCUAGUCUAGAAUCUAGAUUCAGACCAGAAUGCGAUUCUUACUGGGUGUUUUCUUUUUCUUUUUUUCUCUAAAAUUUCUGUUGUUUUGAAAGAGAAAAAACACACGGCAGAUACGAAAACGGGUUAUCAAUUGACAGAUGGUAAUUUAUUCGUACACGAUUUGAGUUGUUUCCUGUGAAGCCAAAGAUCGAAUACAUGGUGUACAUAGGUGGAAGAUGAAUAGGGUACCACCAAAUACGAGCAUGGAGACGGCAAAACAACAAUUCUUGAAAGAAUUCGGUGAAUCUUACGGUUAUCCGAACGCCCCCAAGAACAUCGAUGACAUCCGAGCUACGGAAUUUAAAAGACUUGAUGGGAAUGUGUACUUGGAUCAUGCUGGUGCAACUUUGUAUUCUGAAUUACAGAUGGAAGCAAUAUUUAAAGAUCUUACCACCACUGUAUAUGGAAAUCCCCAUAGUCAAAGCAGCUCUAGCCUGGCCACUUCAGACGUUUUAGAAGAUGCUCGUAAUCAGGUUCUCAAAAUCUGUAAUGCAUCUCCAAAAGAAUAUAAAUGUAUAUUCACUUCGGGGGCAACAGCAGCUCUUAAACUUGUUGGGGAGGCCUUUCCUUGGAGCAGUCAGAGCACUUUCAUGUAUACAAUUGAGAACCACAACAGCGUACUUGGGAUUAGAGAAUAUGCUCUCAAUGAAGGAGCUGCAGCAUUAGCAAUAGACUUUAGGGAAGCUACAAAAUCUGAUACAUGUAGAAGCACUAGAUCUUCUAUCAAGGUUUUCCAGCAUCCUCUACAAAAGAGAAGCGAAGCUAGGGUAUUAGAUGAAGAACCUACUGGCCAUACAUACAAUUUAUUUGCUUUCCCCUCGGAGUGUAAUUUCUCAGGAGUGAGGUUUAAUCUUGAUUUGAUAGACAUAAUUAAGGAAGAUUCAGAGCGAAUAUUGGAAGGCGCUCGACAUUGCAGGGGAUGUUGGAUGGUUUUGCUUGAUGCUGCAAAAGGAUGUUCCACAGACCCUCCAGAUUUAUCAAAGUAUAAGGCAGACUUUGUUGUCAUCUCAUUCUACAAGCUUUUUGGCUAUCCAACCGGACUUGGAGCUUUGAUAGUUCGAAAUGAAGCUGCAAAGUUACUAAAGAAGACCUACUUUAGUGGAGGCACGGUGGCUGCAUCAAUUGCAGACAUGGACUUUGUGAAAAGAAGAGAAGGCAUUGAGGAGUCAUUUGAAGAUGGAACACUAUCAUUCUUAAAUAUAGCAUCCAUUCGUUAUGGAUUGGAUAUCAUAAAUACUUUGAGCACAUUAGCCAUAUCACGCCAUACAUCAUCACUUGCCAGAUAUACGAGGAAUAUGCUUUUGGCAUUAAGGCAUGCAGAUGGGGAGGAGGUUUGCAAAAUAUAUGGUCUCGAUUACUUAAAGGUUAUGCACUAUGUUCUGCAUAUCAAAAGCUUGCAUGUGGCAUCAUACAGCGGACUUGGUUCUGUAGUUUCUUUCAACUUGAAAAGGUCUGAUGGUUCUUGGAUUGGCUACCGUGAAGUGGAGAAACUGGCUUCUUUAUCUGGAAUUCAACUACGGACAGGAUGCUUUUGCAAUCCUGGUGCAUGUUCCAAGUAUCUUGGUUUAUCUCAUUCAGAUCUUCUAUCCAACAUUGAGGCUGGGCAUGUUUGCUGGGAUGACUAUGAUAUAUCAAAUGGGAAACCAACUGGAGCUGUUAGAGUUUCUUUUGGCUAUAUGUCGACAUUUGAAGAUGCCUGGAAAUUCAUGAACUUCAUUGUAAGCUCUUUUGUCUUGUUGCCCACCGAUACUAGACAUCUUAAUCCAUUGAGAUCCGGCUCUAUCCAGCCCGCCAUGGAAGGUCACAGAACGACGACAGAACAUCAUCUUACGUCAAUUGUUGUGUAUCCAAUAAAGUCAUGUGCAGGUUUCAGAGUGGACAGUUGGCCUCUAAGCAGUACUGGAUUGUUAUAUGAUCGAGAGUGGCUUCUCAAAAGUAUCAAUGGUGAAAUUCUUACACAGAAGAAGGUACCUGAAAUGUACUAUAUCGAUACAAAGAUUGACCUCAAAUUGGGAAUACUUCAUGUGGAAUCUCCUCGAUGCAAGGAGAAGCUGCUUAUCGAACUUGAAUCGGAUUUUUUUCCUGCAGUAGAAGAAAUCAAUGUACAUGCCCAAAGAUAUGAAGUUCUGGGCUAUGAUAAUAAGAUAGACACUUGGUUCAGCAAUGCAGUUGGCCGACCUUGUUAUUUAUUAAGAUCUAGUUCCAGAAAUGGUAUCUGCUUGAACAAGACCAAAAGCAUGGGCAGAUGCAGAGACGUGAAUACCAGAUUAAACUUUGUUAAUGAAGCUCAGCUUUUACUGGUAUCCGAGGAAAGCAUAUCUAACCUCAACCAUAAAUUAAACUCAAGUAGACAGGAAGGAUCUGUUGGAUUAAGAAUGCAAGUUGAUGCAAUGAGAUUCCGGCCCAACCUUGUGGUAUCUGGUGGUGAGCCAUAUGCUGAAGAUGGGUGGAGUAGUCUUAAGAUCGGAGGCAAUCACUUCAUGUCAUUGGGCGGUUGCAACCGUUGCCAGAUGAUCAAUUUGAAUUAUCAAGGUGGUGAGGUACAGAGAUCAAAUGAGCCUCUAUCUACCUUAGCAGCAUACAGGAGAACCAAGGGUAAGAUUCUGUUUGGAAUUUUACUGAGAUAUGAGCAUGACAAUGAGGGUGGAGAAGAAAUGUCUUCAUGGCUUCAAGUAGGACAAGAAGUAUACCCUGAUCAGGGACCUUGAAAAACAGUCAGAAAACUCCUCAGUGGCCUUGUAGGACUUGAACCGGUGACCUCUAAGAAAAAUUCUCAAAGGCCCGAGCCUUAUUGUCAGUUGAACUAACUCUACAAGGUUGAAAAUCUUAAAACAUGUAUGUGUGCGAGGCUAAACAAAAACCAUUUUUCUUUUACAUUUUAAUAUAUUGAUGUGACGUAUUAAGAUAUGUUUGUAUUGAUGUAUUUGAGUAUGGAAAUGGUCGGGUUAUAUUUACAAUGGAACUAGAAGGUUUUGGGGGAGUUGGGUUAGAUUGAAUGAUUGAAAACGUUGAUUUUGUUGUGUGGCAGGUAUUAAUGUUGUUUGACUUGUGACUUUGACUA